GGGUGGAGCCGGGACCGCAGCGCCUGCCACCCGCUAGCUCGAUGUUGAAGCAGCGGCCGCUGUUUUAGGCUGGGGACGCGAGGAGGGUGCUCCGUGAGGCUCCGGCCUCCGCGGCUGCUACUGUUCUCCGGAGCCUGGGGCUGCAGUGCUCAGGGUCCGGAUCACUGGCCCUGCGCCCCUCUGACCAGCGAUCGCUCUCUUUCUCUGCCCGGGAGAAGGCACUGUGCUGCGCCAGCCACCCGGGCUAGAGCCCCCGGGCCAUGGAGAGGGGCCGGUGAGGGACGCGUGGAGGCGGAGGAAGAGGCUCGGGAGGAGGGAGGCCGAGGAGCAGGGCGCGGGAGGAGGAGGAUGCCGCCGCCACCGCCACCACCACCCGCGGGCUCCCGACGAGCCUGACUCUAGACCAAGGAUGGAGCCGGCGCUGGGCGCUGCAGCGGCUCCCAGCGCGCCCGCCACCAGGUUCCUGGACACUAGGCCCUUGUGUCAGCACGGGAGGGCAGUCAUUUGCCCCAUGUCAGAGAGGACUUUGCUCCCAGGCCACCAGACACAGGACUGAAGCGGCUUCCUUCCUCUAAAACUGAAGUCCCUUGCAGGUGGGACUACGAACAUUUCCAAGCCAGGGUUGUUGUAAUCUAGGUUAGUCCCUGAACUCACACCACUGGACACACCUUCAUGGGUCUCGUCUGUACAGCCCCCUCCACCCCCGCCCCCAUGUUGAGCUGUUCCUCUCCUCAGCCUCCGGCUUCCUGCUUCCGGCUGUGAUCUCUAUGUUUCUCUCAUUUCACACCUCAGAGCAACAGAGGCCAGCAGGGGUUGAGCAUUUGGUUCAGAGCUUCUGAGCUGCCAAACAGCUGGAAUGAGGUUCCCACCUAGCCUCCCUGGGCAGGCCUUUCCUCCAGAAGGCCAGGAGUGUUCUCAGUGCCAGCACUCAUGAGCAGUAGCAUGACCUGCCUAGAGAUUGCAUCGUGCCUAUGGUGAAACGAUAAAGAACUAGUGACCCUCUCUACAGUUGGUCUACCUUGAGAACCCUGGCCAUAAGACCCAUUCUUGCUGGGGAUGCUCAAAAGAGGGUCUGGUGACUCCAGAGGUUGGACACAAAAAUACCUUGCUCUGUCAUGAGCAGAUCCUACAGGGAAGACCUGCAGACCUUACUAAGGUUAAAGUAGAGGCACCAAAGGGAAGCUCUUUGCCUCCAUUGUCCCCUGGACAGGUCUUCACCCCCUGCCAGGUUACUCUGUCCUUCAUACUGCUAAUUGCUGAAGGAUGCUCCAGCACACAGUGUGUUGAGUUUGGGAGCUUGAGUUCAUGGUGGUACAUGGCUUGGGAGACCUCUUGGGAGACCUAGUGAUCCUGACCUCUAUUAGCCAGAUAACUUGCGAUCACACGCUUUAACUUUUAUCUCAUGGAUCCUGUGAAGCAUGUAGCUUCAGUAAUUUUCCUUUUCCCAUGGGCUGCCGGGAAGCCCUACCCCAUAAGCCCACAAGUUACUUGGCAUGUGGAACUGAUCUGGCUCCUUCUUUCCGACUUUUCUGCUACUGUUUUCUUUUUACCUCAUUUUCAUCACCUCAUUUUCCUUGGGAGGAAAAAAAAAAUCCCCUGGAUGUUUUGCUUUUUUAACCUUAACCAAACAAACAUCUGUGGUGGGCAGAGCUGGCUGAACAGGUUUAAACAUGCAGUUUCCUGAGGUCACCUUCUGGCUGACUUCUUCCCUGCCCAAGUCCCCUGCCCUUGCCUGGAUGUCUGUGUGGUACCUUGGAGCCUAGGAGUCCCUGUGUCCUGGCUUUGUUCAGGUGGCGGAUGUUCAGACUCCCUUUCUCUUGCUCUCUCUGCCCUGCUCCCCAGGUUGUUCUAAAAGUGUUUUAGGGAAAGAAGUCACUUGUCCAAGUUGAGUCUCAGUCAUACGCAGCAGCCUUCAGGUCCCUCCAAGGCCUUGCUUAUCCUGUGUGGCCUCAGCAGCUUCCAGCCAAUCACGAUCCCACAGGGCUAGUGCUUGGCUGUAGGACAAUGGUGUCUUGACCAGGCGUGUUGACAGUUGGGGAAGGCUGAUAGGCAGUGUCACCAGAGCUAAGAAGGAAGCACUAGUGUGCUAAACACUAAGGCUACACACUAAAAGCCUACACACUAAGGCUGGGGGGAGGUGUUGGGAUUGUUUUGGUUACCAACCCUGUCCUCAGACACCUCUCCAGCUCUUCCAUGGGGAAGAGGUCACUCCUGGUGAGUAUCCCCAAAGAUAAACUCAAAGCUGAUUGUAAACAGUGCCCAUUCCUUCAGAGCCUCUUGGCUUCUCCCCUCCAGGGGUGGUUCAGGCAUUAUGCCCUAACCAAUGGCCCAGUAGGACAUGUGUUUUGACGUUGCUUUGCCCCCCCCCCCUUCUGUGAGCACCCUUUGCCCCAAUUGUUUAGACAACCUCAGGAUGGGAGUGUCAGUAAGGAGGGAGCCCAGAUUCUGUGGAGGAGGGCAGCAGCCGGCACUCUGGCUUCAGGAGUUCCCAAACACUUCCAAAUUGUAUGUGUAAAACUGGGCACAGGUGGCAUUUUCUGGGAAGAUGGACUGUGUUUCCAAGGCGCCUGUAGAAAAGGGAAGCCUGGGCACUAUGAGGGCAGCAGGGCAGUGGGGGAAGACCCGGGCUAAAGCCAGGUUGCCUGUUGCUACUUGCCUCUUGGUGUGAAGCUGAGGAAGAGGUUCUCUGUGGAUCAGAAGCCAGAAUCUGGAUGGAGAUGCUAUCAUCACAGCUUACUGCAAUCUGCAACCUUCCACCUCCUACUCACCAAGGUAGCUGCUGUGUGUGCUGCAUAUGGUUGGAAGAAGACCUUUCCCCUGCUGUCCCUUUGGAGCUACCUUCUAGACCUGAAGGCCUGGGUUGAUUCACCUCCAUCACAGGACUGGUUAAAUUCUGGAAGCCCCUGGCCACAGGGCUAAGGUACAGAUCACUGGACUUCCUGGACAGGCUGGAUCUGAGGCACUGGCAGCUGAGUCUCUACUGGACAGCAGUCCUUUUUUUGACCCUGUGCCUUGGAGCAGCAGCCCCAUGACGGUGCCCAGCCAUGCAAUGUUCCUGGAAGGCUGUCCUCCUCCUUGCCCUGGCCUCCAUUGCCAUCCAGUACACCGCCAUUCGCACAUUCACCGCCAAGUCUUUCCAUACUUGCCCUGGCUUGGCAGAGACUGGGCUGGCAGAACGGCUGUGUGAGGAGGGCCCCACCUUCUCCUAUAACCUCUCUAGGAAGACCCACAUCCUUAUCCUGGCCACCACACGCAGUGGCUCAUCCUUUGUGGGUCAGCUCUUUAACCAGCACAUGGAUGUCUUCUACCUGUUUGAGCCUCUCUACCACGUCCAGAACACGCUCAUUCCCCGCUUCACCCAGGGAAAGAGCCCCGCAGAUCGUAGGGUCAUGCUAGGGGCCAGCCGGGACCUGCUGAGGAGUCUUUAUGACUGUGAUCUCUACUUUCUAGAGAAUUACAUCAAGCCACCUCCUAUCAACCACACCACUGACAGGGUCUUCCGUCGAGGGGCCAGCAGGGUCCUCUGCUCCCGUCCAGUGUGCGACCCUCCAGGGUCUCCUGAUCUGGUCUUGGAGGAGGGGGAUUGUGUACGCAAGUGCGGCCUGCUGAACCUGACCUUGGCAGCUGAGGCUUGCCGUGAGCACAGCCAUGUGGCCAUCAAGACUGUGCGGGUGCCUGAGGUAAAUGACCUGCGAGCCCUGGUGGAAGACCCUAGGUUGAACCUCAAGGUCAUCCAGCUGGUACGAGACCCUCGUGGCAUCUUGGCUUCCCGGAGUGAGACCUUCCGGGACACCUACCGACUCUGGCGCCUUUGGUACGGCACAGGGAGGAAACCCUACAACCUGGACGUGACGCAGCUGACCACAGUGUGCGAGGAUUUCUCCAGCUCUGUGUCCACCGGCCUGAUGCGGCCCUCCUGGCUCAAGGGCAAAUACAUGCUAGUGCGCUAUGAGGACCUGGCCAGAAACCCCAUGAAGAAGACAGAGGAGAUCUACGAAUUCCUGGGUAUCCCCCUGGACGGUCAUGUGGCGCGCUGGAUCCAGAACAAUACUCGUGGCGACCCUACUUUGGGCAAGCACAAGUACGGCACAGUGCGCAAUUCUGCGGCCACUGCCGAGAAGUGGCGCUUCCGUCUCUCCUAUGACAUCGUGGCCUUUGCCCAGAACGCCUGCCAGCAGGUGCUGGCCCAGCUGGGCUACAAAAUGGCCAACUCGGAGAAGGAGCUGAAGAACCCGGCCGUCAGCCUGGUGGAGGAGCGCGAUUUCCGACCGUUCUUGUGACCCGAGUGUGGUGGGGGUGGGAGGCAGGUGGCGCUGGUUUUGCUGACGUGGACCUACUAUGGACGGUUUUUUAACUGUUGCCUUAUCUCCCCUCCCUCUCCUACCCUGUCUGAGUGUCCUUCCUACCCUGUCUGUGUGUCCUUCCCAUCCUGUCUGUGUGUCCUUCCCACCCUGCCUGUGUGUCCCUCACACCUGUGCCCACUCCCCUCCCUCUUGCCUCACCCACCCUGUCUGUGUGUCCUUCCCACCCUUGCCCACUCCCCUUCUGCCUCUUUUUGCCCCUGAAAUUUGCACUAUGUCUUGGAGGGGAAUCACUGGGGCAGAGGGCAUGUGAUGUGGGGUAUGCCCCCCACCCCAUUCAGACACAAGGCUGUUGGGUCUCUAUGUGGAUGGGGACAAUGUUUACAGGCACCCACUCACACAUUCACACGUGCACACAGGCACGCACGAGGAGAGGAGCCCCAGCACACAACUUCUAGUUUUGCAACUGUCUUCUCAAGGUAAGAGGAUGGCUACAAAAGGACCACCUCUCCCUGGUUUAGGAAAAGAGUUCAUCCUUCCCCCCUAUCCCUGCUUCCUGCCCCAGAUUCCCACUCCCUCCCUUGGAGCAGGGCACCUGUCCCUCCUGCACACCUUUGCCUGGUGGUGAGCAGGGUUUUACUGUGAGGUGAACUGGGACUACUUCCUUUCUAUCUGGUUUGUGAUGAGCUUGUCUGUCUGAGUCUUGUGGCUACCCCUGGACCAGUAAUGGCUAAUGAAUCGUAGAAGUUUCUGAUGGAUCUUGGGGUCCCUCUGUGAUAUUUCUUUGUGCCAAAAAAAAAAGGCAAAAAAAUUGUGGAUCAGUUUGCUAAAUGAACAUUGAAAUGCUUUAUUUGUGUUUUCUGUAAAUAAAAGUGUGCAGUAUUGUCUGAGUGUGAUUUGGGGGCUUUCUGAAUGUUAAACAAUGGGCUCUGGAUAUUCCUUGCUUUGGAGAUGAGAUGGAGCGAGAAAAGUGAGAAUUAAAUGGAAACCUGCCAUUUGGA